CAGUCCCACUCCCCAGCCACAAACCAAAUCGCAGCCGCGCUCGAGAUCGAGCUCAAGCCCCGCCGCCGUCGCCACCGCGCUCUCCCACCUCUCGCCCCUCCCCAUGUCGGAGAAAAAGCGCCGCGCCGGGGCGAGCGCGGUCGGCGCCGCAUCCAGCUCCAAGAAGCCGCGCGCUUCCGCGGCCGCGUCCUACGCCGAGUCCCUCCGCUCGAAGCUCCGCCCCGACGCCUCCAUCCUCGCCACCCUCCGCUCCCUCGCCUCUGCCUCGGCUUCCAAAUCCAAGGCCACCUCCAAGUCCCUCGCGGACCUCGACCUGUCCGCGGACCCCGCCUCCUCGUACAUCGUGGUGGCCGACCAGGACUCCGCCUCCGUCACCUCCCGCAUCAACCGCCUCGUCCUCGCAGCCGCGCGCAGCAUCCUCUCCGGCCGGGGUUUCUCCUUCGCGGUGCCCUCGCGCGCCGCCUCCAACCAGGUCUACCUCCCGGACCUCGACCGCAUCGUGCUCGUCCGCCGCGAGUCCGCGCGCCCCUUCGCCAACGUCGCCACCGCGCGCAAGGCCACCAUCACGGCGCGCGUCCUCUCCCUCGUCCACGCCGUCCUCGGCAGGGGCAUCCACGUCACCAAGCGUGACCUCUUCUACACCGACGUCAAGCUCUUCGGCGACCAGUCCCAGUCUGACGCCGUCCUCGACGACGUCUCCUGCAUGCUCGGAUGCACCCGGUCGUCGCUCCACGUCGUCGCCUCCGAGAAGGGCGUCGUCGUGGGCCGCCUCGUCUUCGCCGACGAUGGGGACCGGAUCGACUGCACGCGCAUGGGCGUCGGCGGGAAGGCCAUACCGCCCAACGUCGACAGGGUCUCGGGCAUCGAGAGCGACGCGCUCUUCAUCCUCCUGGUGGAGAAGGACGCUGCAUUCAUGCGACUUGCCGAGGACAGGUUCUACAACCGCUUCCCCUGCAUCAUUCUGACGGCCAAGGGGCAGCCAGAUGUCGCCACCCGGCUGUUCCUGCGGCGGCUCAAGGUGGAGCUGAAGCUGCCAGUGCUCGCGCUGGUGGACUCCGAUCCAUACGGGCUCAAGAUCUUGUCAGUGUACAUGUGUGGUUCGAAGAACAUGUCGUAUGACAGCGCCAAUCUCACGACGCCGGACAUCAAGUGGCUCGGUGUCCGGCCGAGCGACCUGGACAAGUACAGGGUGCCGGAGCAGUGCCGUCUCCCCAUGACCGAUCACGAUAUCAAGGUGGGGAAAGAGCUGCUCGAGGAAGACUUUGUGAAGCAGAAUGAGGGCUGGGUGAAGGAGUUGGAGAUGAUGCUGCGCACCAAGCAAAAGGCUGAGAUACAGGCCCUCAGUUCCUUCGGGUUCCAGUACCUCACCGAGGUCUACCUGCCUCUCAAGUUGCAGGAGCAGGAUUGGAUUUGAGAACUCUCCGAUGCUAGAUAUCAGUAAUUUCGUUAGCCAAGAUCAUGCCCCCCGCUCAGUAUUUUCAAGAACCAAAUUGGCAUGAGUGAAGACUUUGUUAUCUAGUUAAUCACAUGUAUAUUUGAACACCAGCUGUUGUGGUAUUUUUAUUUCUGCUGGAGAACUGUUUCAUGGAAAACAUGAUAUGUACUGGAAUUUGAUACAUAACACAGGUGAUUUAGAUCA